AUGUAUCAGAGCGUGGUGUUGGUGGUGGCCGGCUCCUCAAGUGUCGGAUUUGAUAAUCUGUCUACAAGCAUGAUGGGUCUUUGCUCUGCAUACUUCGCAAUUUUAACGGAAACUAUCAUAUCGACGACACGAAAACUACAACGUACUAGAAAUAUUCACAGUUACAAGAAGUUUGACAAGGAAAUAUACCAUGACCUAAGCAAAUGUAUAGAACAUCAUCUCGCUGUAAUUAAAUUUACUGAAACUAUCGAGCACAUAUUCUCUUACGUAUUUCUGAGCCAGUUUUUAUCCAGCGCGUUUGGAAUCUGCCUCACCGGAUUUACAUCGGUAUCCUCCAAACCCGGAAGUGUGGAAUUUAUGUUUGCCUUAACUUUCCUAUGUACACUUAUGUUCCAAAUUACAUUGUACUGUUCGUACGGCAACGAAGUAACGCUUCAGAGCUAUAAGGUCUUGGAAGCGUGUUACAUGACGGAAUGGAUUUACUGUGGCUCUGAAGUUCGCAAAAAUCUCUUCCUAAUAAUGGAGCGGUCCAAGCGACCAAUGGUUUUGACGGCUGGCAAAUUUAUUAAUCUAUCACUUACAUCACUUGUUUCAGUGUUUAGGUCAGCCGCUUCUUAUGCAGUGGUUUUAUAUCAACUUUAUAAUGCAUAAUCUCUUAUAUGCACAAUAGCGGCAAUCUACCGAACUGGCAAUCACCGACACCCUUUUGCUGUAUUAUACGCAAAAUCUGCACUGUUAGUCAGUUUGGUACAUGGAAGUUUAGAAGUAUACCUAUGUAUCUAGUACAGCACAUGGUAAUUGUAUUAAUAUGAAUCAAAAGGUACUUAUUCGUAAAUAUAAUAUAAUUCAGUGGUUCACAGGUUCCCACCCUUUUAGACACUGCGGUCCUCUUUUUGGAUUUGAGCAUUUUGCCAACCCCCCUGUGAAUUAUAAUUUUUUUUAAAUACACAAUAAA